CUGACUGAAAUAAAAAAUGAGCAUUGAGUGGGCUGAAGAUGACGGUCUUCCUUCUGGGGUAGUUCGAGUGGACUGUGAAGGACCAGAAGAUGGUAAAACCUAUGUCAUGUACCAUGGCACAAAAAGGGCAAAUGUUUCAUCGAUCCAGAAGUCAGGUUUUCAUCAGUCUUCAGGCGGGAUGCUCGGUCAGGGCGUUUACCUCAGCAGAGACCUGGAGAAAGCGAGUCGCUAUCCCAUCGAUCACCCUGAGCAUGACAGAGUUGUCAUUAGGGUUAGGGUCAACGUGGGAAAGGUUAAACGCAUAGAUCGUCAGAACCACCCACUUCAGAAGACCUGGCAUGACCACGGAUACGACACCGCCUGGGUGCCGCCCAAGUGUGGGAUGGUGUCGAGCGGCCUGGAGGAGAAUUGUGUCUGGGAUCCCAAGCGAAUCACAAUCCUUGAGACCAUCAAACCAAAACCUCAAAGUGUGGUUCGAAUGGACCGUGAAGGACCAAGAGACGGUAGAACCUACGUCAUGUACCACGGCACCACCAGUGCGAACGCUCAAUUGAUCUUGGCUUCAGGUUUUCGCCAGUCUUCGGCUGGGAUGCUCGGUCCAGGGGUCUACCUCAGCAGAGACCUUGAUAAAGCGAGUCGCUAUCCCAUCGAUCAUCCUGAGGAUGACAAGGUUGUCAUUAAGGUUAGGGUCAACGUGGGAAAAGUGAAGGCCAUCAAUCGUCGGAACCACCCACUUCAGAAGACCUGGCAUGACCACGGAUACGACACCGCCUGGGUGCCGCCCAACUGUGGGAUGGUGUCGAGCGGCCUGGAGGAGAAUUGUGUCUGGGACCCGAAUCGAAUCUCAAUCAUUGGCACCAUUGAACCAAAACCUGUCCAUGGCGAGGAGGUCUGUUUGUGGUAUUUCCUCCUGAAAAAGAAGCAGAGUGAGGCACAGACUCCAUUUUUGGACCAGCCUGCAGAGAGAGACAAUCACACUAACAUCCGAAUCAGAAAAAUGUACUUCCAGUGGGCUGAAGAUGACUUCCUGCCUCCAGGGGUAAUCCGACUGGAUUGUGAAGGGCCAAGAGACGGUAGAACCUACGUCAUGUACCACGGUACCACCAGUGCGAAUGCUAAAAGAAUCCUGAUGACGGGUUUUGGCCAGUCUUAUGAUGGGAUGCUCGGUCCGGGGGUCUACCUCAGCAGAGACCUGGAGAAAGCAAGUCGCUAUCCCAUUGGUCACCCUGAGUAUGACAGAGUUGUCAUUAAAGUUAAGGUCAACGUGGGACGGGUGAUCGUCAUCAACUAUCAGAACCACCCACUUCAGAAGACCUGGCAAUACAGUGGCUACGACACCGCCUGGGUGCCACCCAACUGUGGGAUGGUGAAGAGCGGCCUGGAGGAGAAUUGUGUCUGGGACCCGAAUCGAAUCUCGAUCAUCGGCACCAUCAAACCAAAACCUGUCCAGGGCGCUGGAGGCAGCGCAUGGGGCUAUAGGUAAACUCAGGAGCAGGUUCUGAUUAUUUUGUACGUUCAAAUGUAUUUUUAUAUAUUUGGAUAAAAUAAAUGACGUGUUCUUCUGUAACCGUGUGACUGUAACCGAAGAAUAAACGUGUCAUUAAACUGA